CAGGAAAAAAAAAUAUUUAAUCAGGCAUUAGAAAGCCAUUUGCAUUUCUCUCUCUCUCCUCUCUCCUCUCUCCAUAAGAGGGAAAGAACCCUAAAAAGAGCUUCUUCAAAUUGCCUUGCAAGAAGCCUCAAUGCAGCAGAUUGGCUGAGGAAAGUAUCGGAAUUUCAGUGGUUUUCAGCUCGCCUUUUCGGGUGCUUAUUUCGUAGUUUUAGAAUUCUGUCUAUAUGGAUGACGAUGGCGGGUUGGGGAUACGGAAUUGGGGUUAUUACGAGCAGUCGUUGAAGGAAAAUCUUGGGUUGCAGCUCAUGUCGAGCGUGGCUGAGCGGGACCAGAAGCCUCUGCUCUCUGCCCGCGAUUCUGCCAUGAUGGUCAAUGGGGGUUUCUUCCAUCGGGAAUGUGGGAUGCCCGAACCAUCCAUGCCGAUGGAUUUCGUCCGUGACACUUGGAUCACUCAGAGAGAUAAAUACCUGAAUUCAUUUCCCAUGAAUCAGAAUAACUAUCCAGUCCUAGCAGAAGGUUCUGGUGGCCAUGCUAUGCAGAUGCAAACACUGCCUGAUACAUCACAGGAUGAGCGGGCUUUGCAGGUUGAAGAAUCCGAUAUUAAACGAGAAGGGCCUUUGAAGAAACGGGCCAAUGGGCGUGCCUGUAAACCGCCGAAAGCGAAGAAGAGUAAGCGGAUUCCGAAGGAUGAAUCAAACAGUUCUGUUCCGAGAGCGGGUCCCGGUAAGAAGAAUACGGACAUCAUGAUCAACGGCAUCGAUAUGGAUAUCUCGGGCAUUCCUAUACCAGUAUGCUCCUGCACGGGAGUGCCUCAGCAGUGUUAUCGGUGGGGCUGCGGAGGGUGGCAGUCAGCAUGCUGCACCACCAGUAUCUCAAUGUACCCCUUGCCAAUGAGCACGAAGAGGCGUGGGGCCCGGAUAGCGGGGCGAAAGAUGAGCCAGGGCGCGUUCAAGAAGGUGUUGGAGAAGCUGGUGGCCGAAGGAUAUAACCUGUCUAAUCCGAUUGAUUUGAGGACUCAUUGGGCAAAACACGGUACCAAUAAGUUCGUUACAAUCAGGUAGAUGUACAAUUUCCCUAAUGUUGUUUUCGGCCUCCAACAUGCAUUCGGUCUGUUCUCUCCAGUGUAUAUACAUGUUUAUGGCCUGUUUGCGGAGGCCUCUUGAAUAGAUUGUAGCCAAUGAAUUUUCUUUGUCAUGUUACAUGGUUUCUCAAAUUCAGACAUUUUUUCCCCGGCUA